UGAAAAUGAAUUUUAAUGAACAACAUGCAUUCGUUGAUGCAGACAGAUGCAGAGUUUUGAAUACAUUUAAGUCCAUAUCCGGUUUUAGAAAAAUCCCCUUAAAACGGAAAUAAUACCACAAAACUUUCAUUUUCACUGUGUGUUCUGUACAUUUAGGUGUGGUUUGGCUCAUACUGCCUGUUGAAGAAGUUCUGGCGCAGUCUUUGCCUUUUGCUUCUUACUCCACUUCAGGUAGCUACACAACACUGUUUAGUUUGGACAUCGACAGAAGCAAUUACAACCCAAGCAUGGCUGGCAAACUCAAUUUCUACGCAAAUGAUGAGGUCAGGAUUGUAAUGGUGGGGAAAACUGGAACUGGAAAGAGUGCUACUGGUAACACUAUUCUGGGUCGUGAGUGCUUUGAAUCCAAGUUCAGUGCCGUGUCUAUGACUGUAGAGUGUUCCAAAGGAAAAGCUACAGUGGAUGGACAUCGUGUUGCUGUCAUUGACACCCCAGGCCUGUUAGGUACCUGGCUUGGUGAAGAGGAAACUCAGAAAAAUAUAUGCCAGUGCAUCUCCUAUGCUUCUCCAGGCCCCCAUAUCUUCUUGGUGGUCGUCAGACUGGGCAGAUACACUGAAGAGGAAAAACAGACUUUGCAAAAGAGUCAAAAACUGUUUGGCACUGAUGCAGACAAAUACAGCAUGGUUCUCUUUACCCAUGGGGACCAACUUGAAGGCACCAGUACAGAAGAGUUCUUAGAAGAAAUCCCAGACCUGCAGGAACUCGUGGCCAGAUGUAACGGUCAGUACCACGUCUUCAACAAUAAACUGAAGGAGCGCUCUCAGGUCACUGAGCUGAUCCAGAAGAUCAGAGAAAUAGUCCAGAAGAACGGAGGAAGCCACUACACCAACGAGAUGUUCCAAAAGGCUGAGAGGGCGAUUGAAGAGGAGAAACAACGCAUCCUGAGAGAGAAAGAAGAAGAAAUACGGAAAGAAAAAGAGAAAAUGAUGAGAGAAAUACAGGAAAGAUAUGAGAAAGAGAUGCAGAAAUACAAAAAGAAAAUCCAGGCAGAGUGGGAGAGAGAGAAAAGGGAGAGAGAACAGGAGAUGAAGAAAGUUUAAGAGAAAUGUGAAAGAGAACUGAAGGAAGAAAUACACAAGAUUCAGUCCACAUAUAAAAGUAAAGCCAGAGAUGAAGCUGAAGAGUUUAAUCCAUUAUUUUUUGUGACAGUACCUCUUGAAACCACAGUUAAUGUUGCCCAUGAAGUGGUUAGAGGAGUUAAAAAACUUGGAACUGGCAUUGGGAAGAUUUUAAAAUUGCCUUUUAACUUGUGAUUCAUGCAUUGAAUGACUGUCAGGUUAGUCUUGAUCUUUUCAAAUAGUACAGCAUGACUGCCCCUCUGUAUCAUUGU